AUGGAAAACACGACCACCCCGUUGUCUAACGGCACAGACGUGGACGGCCUUCCCCAGUAUGUCGGCUUCAUCUGCUGCGCAAUAGCCUCCAUCAUGUACGGCACCAACUACGUACCUGUCAAGAAGUUCGAAACGGGUGAUGGCGGGAGAAUGAUGGCAAGCGGUGAUGAUAGGACGGUGGAUGGUGGUAGGCGGGCGGACGAUGGCAUGUUCUUCCAGUGGGUGCUGGGUAAUGGCAUCCUCAUCGUCGGUAUGGUGAUCCAGACAAUCCGGCUGUCACGAUUUUACCCCUUUGCCAUGGUCGGGGGCUCCUUGUGGGCCACAGUGCUGGCACCUGGCACGCUGGGGUCCCGGCAGCCAUCGUUAAAGUGCAUACUGAAGGCGCCGGAUGCCAACCGCACAGCAUCGCCAGCGGCACGGACAUGCCGGGCUGUCCGCAAUGAAAUCGCAGCGCGCAGGCUACCGAUGCCCGUAAUGCGCCGGUCCGCACGCCAGCGCCGGCGACCGGCGGCGCUUCUGGAACCAGCGAAAGUACCGCGAAAGUGCACCGGAGCGUCGGACGCCAAAGUCCGCAAAGUUGAGGACAACCGAGCAGCCAGGCCAAACCCGGCACAAGUAGCUGCCAGACAACGGAAAGAAAGCAUAUGGCGAUGGCGCUAUGGAGGGAAGCGGAGUACAGUGAUGUAUGCCUUUGUCAAGCCAGAUAUUCAACCUAUCACCAUGGAGUUGACAAGACCAGACGACGUGGCGGCCGACAGUAAGUUCAUCCCGGCCAGAUACCUGCAAGAACAGGAGAAAGACAAUGGUGCCAGUCAGAACUGUGAGGAUGUUGCACCCAUCGACUACGUGUUCGCUCACUUCUGCGGUAUCUACCUCACCGCAACCGUCUACUUCGUCAUCUACGCUCUCUUCCGGCGCAACCGGCCCAAGGUGUUCCUUCGGGUGAUGGUCCCGGGUCUAGUGGCGGGCUUGAUGUGGGGGGUAGGGACAGCCUCGUGGUUCAUCUCCAACAUGGUUCUCUCAGACCCUGUCUCCUUCCCUAUCGUCUCUACCUUCCCUAUGGGAAUCUCGCUUCUGAUUGGAGUGUUGGCCUUCAAGGAGAUCAAGGGUCGUCGCAAUAUCAUCAUUGUUGUCGUCGCCAUGACGUUCACCAUAGCUGGGUCGGUAGUGGCCGGCGUCUCAAAGACGUGA